AUUAACCCCCAAGCAAAACUAGUAUUUAUUUUCAGCCUACUACUGGGAACAACCAUUACAAUAUCAAGCAACCACUGAAUUAUAGCCUGAACAGGCCUUGAAAUCAACACACUUGCCAUCCUGCCUCUGAUCUCAAAAUCUCACCACCCCCGAGCUAUUGAAGCUGCCACUAAGUACUUCCUAGUACAAGCAGCCGCUUCCGCUCUAGUCCUAUUCUCCAGUAUGACUAACGCAUGACACACUGGACAGUGGGACAUUACUCAACUCACACACCCAGUCUCAUGUUUAAUCCUAACUUCAGCAAUUGCAAUAAAACUAGGACUGGUACCAUUCCAUUUCUGAUUCCCAGAAGUACUUCAAGGCUCUCCUCUCACCACAGGACUCCUGCUAUCUACCGCCAUAAAACUUCCACCAAUCACACUACUCUAUAUAACUUCACCCUCCCUAAACACUACCCUCCUGACUACCAUAGCUAUCCUUUCAACAGCUCUAGGAGGGUGAAUGGGCCUCAACCAAACACAAAUCCGAAAAAUUCUAGCCUUCUCCUCCAUCUCCCACCUAGGCUGAAUAACAAUCAUUAUUGUCUACAACCCAAAACUCACUUUACUCAACUUCUACCUAUACAGCCUAAUAACUGCAACAGUAUUCCUCGCCCUAAACUCAAUCAAAGUCCUAAAACUAUCCACCCUAAUAACUGCAUGAACCAAAGUGCCCUCAUUAAACGCAAUACUGCUUCUAACCCUACUCUCACUUGCAGGACUCCCCCCACUAACAGGAUUCCUACCCAAGUGACUCAUUAUUCAAGAGCUAACUAAGCAAGACAUAGCUCCAGCAGCGACAAUCCUCUCCCUCCUCUCCUUACUAGGACUGUUCUUCUAUUUACGCCUAGCAUACUGCACAACAAUCACACUCCCCCCACACACCACAAAUCACAUGAAACUGUGGCACACUAAUAAACCAACUAACAUCCUAGUCGCUAUCUUGGCUACUAUGUCUAUUAUCCUUCUCCCCAUCUCCCCCAUGAUCCUCACUAUUAUUUA